AUGUUUUGGAUCGUCACCGACUCGUAUCUGGCCACCUACCCAGAUGUAGUUGUGCCCAGCCUCAACACGCCACACAUGCGCCAGGAUUCGGCAGCGGGCACCGUCGUCAAAGAAACGCUUUCAGCAAAGAUAUACAAGCAACUAGCCGCAAGUAUGAGUGCCCAUCUGUCCGACGCGCAGCUGAAGGAACUUGCGUAUGAGGGACAGUUUGAUGAUCACCCUUUGGGCGAAAACCUGCCGUCAGUUGAAGCUCUGCUACCCAUCAAUUGUCGCCAAGGCAUGGCGAACAUCGGCACUCUUGGCCGACUGACACCAGAGUGCCUACAGAUCGUGUUCAACCAGCUCGACAUCGACACAAUCAUCAGCUUCCAAUCCACGAGCCACGGUUCAUUCGCCUUGGUCAAUUCCCUGCCCACCUACGGCGUCAUCAGCAAGCACGCCCGAAACGCAGUCCGCGGCGCCAGGAUCAUCGGCACGAGCAAUCGCGCAACGUGCAUCGAGCUCUACAGCAAGCUCUGCCAGCCCGCGUGCGACCAGUGCGAAGAGUUUGGCGGCUACAUCUACCUGGUCACCUACAGGCGGCUCUGCCUGCUGUGCCUCUCGACGCACCUGUCGUUCCUGCCUCUGGGACGGCAAUGGGCACGCCGCUACUUCGGGCUCGACAGCAGCACCGUGAAUUCCCUACCGCGGCUGCUGACCCUGGGCGGCAGGUACUCGCCAGAGGGGGGGAAGCUGCAGAACAAGCAGGUCCUGGUCGACUACGACGCCGCUCGCGAGGCGGGCAUCUCGCGACACGGCUCCCAGGAGGGGAUGGAGGCGUACGUCGCGGCUGCCCGGGGACGAGCUGGCAGGCGCAGGGGACCUCCUGAUGGGAAGGCCGGCAACCCGCUGCGCUUCGCAGCUGCGGUCCGAUUGCCAUGGUACGACGAGUCUUCGGGCGAGCUGGAAUGGGGCUUCCACUGCAGAGGGUGCGAGAAGUCGGAGCAGCGGUCAGCUCUUUGCCGGAAGAAGUACAACGCAGUGUCUUUUCGCAGGCAUAUUCAAACGUAUGGGCCAGUACAAGAUGGAGAGCACAGGAAGUGCAUUGCCAGCUGA